GUGGAGGGCGGCGGCGGCUGUGGCGAUGGGGGCGGUGGGCCUAGGGUUGGUGGACUGUCACUGCCACCUCUCGGCCCCGGACUUUGACAGCGAUCUGGAUGAUGUGUUGGAGAAAGCCAAGAAGGCCAAUGUUAUGGCUCUUGUGGUGGUUGCUGAACAUUCAGGAGAAUUUGAAAAGAUUAUGCAGCUUUCAGAAAGGUAUAAGGGGUUUGUCCUGCCGUGCUUGGGUGUUCACCCUGUUCAAGGAGUUUCACCAGGAGAUCAAAGAAGUGUCACAUUAAAGGAUUUGGAUGUAGCUUUGCCCAUUAUGGAGAACUAUAAAGAUCAGUUGUUGGCAAUUGGAGAGGUGGGACUAGAUUUCUCCCCCAGAUUUGCUGGCACUGAUGAGCAGAAAGAAGAGCAACGACAAGUCCUAAUCCGACAGGUCCAGUUAGCCAAAAGAUUAAAUUUGCCUUUAAAUGUUCACUCACGCUCUGCUGGAAGACCCACCAUCAGCCUCUUGAAUGAGCAAGGUGCUGACAAAGUGCUCCUGCAUGCAUUUGAUGGCCGGCCAUCUGUAGCGAUGGAAGGAGUAAGAGCUGGGUACUUCUUCUCAAUUCCUCCUUCUAUCAUAAGAAGUGGACAGUUGCUUUCUCUUUUCUCUAAGAAACAGAAACUUGUGAAACAGUUGCCUUUAACUUCAAUUUGCUUAGAAACAGAUUCACCUGCACUAGGACCAGAAAAACAGGUACGAAAUGAACCCCAAAACAUUUCCAUUUCAGCAGAAUAUAUUGCCCAGGUGAAGGGGAUCUCAGUAGAAGAAGUUAUAGAAGUGACAACACAGAAUUCAUUGAGGCUGUUUCCUAAGCUUCAGCAUCUGCUCCAGAAGUAGCUUCAAAACCAAAUGACAUAGGGGACAGCAUUUGAGAGAAAGAAAUGUUCUGAGUAGGAGUCUGAACUGAAGUGUGAGGCCAUUAUAUAAGGAUAUAGAAGAUUAUGAUUUUAGAGAAAUAUUUCUCCUAAAACCGGGCUUGGGUCCUGAAACCCUGGAUUCUGAUUCUACCUUGUGCUUCUUUAUAAUUAAUGGAGUCCUAGCAAGAGAUUGGGAAACACCACUGCUUCUUACCUUACACCAUUAAGUAGAACCCACCAUAUGACCUGAAACCAUUUCUUCUGGCAAGGGAGGCUCCCCCAGGUAAGACAUGAGCGGUAUUGGGACAGCUAACGUUUGAUCCUUCACCACCACAGGAUUUAUCUAGUGGAAGGAGAUCAUCUUGUUUCUUACACUGUCAGAGAUCUCUUUUCUGGGUUUGUAAAAUUGAAUUGUUAGUACUUUGAAUUACUUCUUUUUAAGAGAAAAAUGUAUAGGUUUUUAUAUUGAUCAUAGAUUUUGACUUAUGAGGCCAGUGGUUUGUGCUAUCACCAUUAAGUGCCAAGCCCCAAAGUUUAGGUAAUAAACCGAGUUUAAGUUCCAGUCUGAAUAUUGUCACAUUUAAAAUGUACACAGCUUUAUUAAAAUGUAUCUGACUAUUUUUGCAUACAGUGAUAUUUUAUAUCUUUAAGUUUUGAAAAUCUUGGCUGCAAAGAGUUCUGUGGAUGGAUGGUGGGUACAGUAGCACGAUAAUGUGAAUGUAUGUAAUGCCACUAACCUACACAC